UGCAAUUUUCGCAGCACACCUCACCCUACCCUUGCCGUAUGCCGCCGUACCGUAUCCCAUCCCUGCUCCGGCUUCGGAUUGCGGCGGCCGCACUCUGCUGCCAGCAGCGCCGCCCCGGUAUUCCCGGGACCCCGCCGACGCCGACGCGGCGCCCCUGCUUCCCCCGCCUCGCCGCGCGCAUGAGCCCCAUGGCGACGGCCUCGUCCUCGCCCUCCAGCCCGCAGCCCUUCAAGCUGAUCCUGGGGUCGUCGUCGGUGGCGCGGAAGCACAUCCUCGAGGAGAUGGGGCUCGAGUUCCAAGUCAUGACUGCGGACAUCGACGAGAAGAGCAUCAGGCGGGAGAAUCCUGACGACCUGGUGAUGGUUCUUGCCGAGGCCAAGGCUGAUGCUGUCAUGUCCAGAUUGAACAUUGCUGAUUACCAGAAAGAAGGCAGUCAACCAACACUCCUGAUCACUUCAGACAUAGUGGUCGUCCAUGAAGGAAUUAUUAGGGAAAAGCCAACCACCAAAGAAGAAGCACGCCAAUUCCUGAAAGGUUAUUCCGGUGGUCAUGUGUCAACUGUUGGGUCUGUAGUUGUAACUAAUCUUACAACUGGGAAGAGACUUGGAAGUUUGGACAAAGCUGAGGUUUAUUUCCACGAUAUACCAGAUGAGGUCAUUGAGAACUUGAUCGAUGAGGGAGUAGUAUUUCGGGUUGCAGGUGGCUUGCUGCUUGAACAUCCAUUGACACUGCCAUUCGUUGAAGCAGUGGUUGGUUCUAGCGACAGCGUUAUGGGUCUCUCAAAGGAAAUCGCAAAAAAGCUAAUUCACGAUGCACUGUCUGCUUAGCCAAGCACCUUUGGCGUUAUUGUCACUAAUCAAAUUCUUUUGCACUCACCUGGAGACAACAUCACAGCCAGCGCGCCAAGGCUUGGGGGUAAUUCAUAGUAAAUAUGUGAUUGUUAUAAUUUCAAACACGAUGUUUUAAAACAGAGGUAGUGCAGCUGUGGAGUGUACAAACCCGCUCCAAUCACGUAUCCUUCCAUUGUUAAUUGUAACCAGGUUUUGCUCAUGGUCAUCUCACUGAAAGAUGUGUGUACGGUGUAUUAUGUGUUUUUUAUAUUUCGUUUAUAACUUGUGAUGAUAUCUACUUUGCAACUGUUACAGAAGAACAAACGAAAUGGCCGGUGCUUGCACAAUGGUCUGUGUGGAUGCAAUGCAACUAUUUUGGGAGGUUUUGCAUACUCGCUGAUCUGAAUUUCUAAUUUCUAGGGAUGAGGAUGUGCCAUAUGUAUUCUGAAGUGAUGUUGUCUGUCACACUUUGAUGUUGCAGAUGAAUUCUAAUGAUUUUGCUUCAAA